AAAAUGUUCGACGAGAGGACGAAGGUUAUGAUCGGCAUCGCGAGCAGUUUGCUGAUUGCUGCAGUUAUGCUGAUAACUGUUGUCUUCUGCCUUUACUUGAAAAUAUCCAAGGCACUGAAAAUCGCAAAGGAGGCACAUGCUGCUGAAGACUACUAUGAGUCAGGCAAGGUCUCCAGACACAAGAACAUCCCGAUCAAACCCAUUCUGGCUGAGUCCUGUCGUGACCUCCAGUGCUUUGAUGACUACAACAUCUAUGCAGAAGUUAGCUCCCUGCCACCUUGCUUUUGUGGCACAAAUGAGGGACUCUGA